AUGUGUCAGAUCCUGCCCAAGGGGGGCGUGUCUGUCCUGGGACCCCCUUCCAGCCCCACUUCUGCCUCCACAGUGAGCCAAAUCUGUGGAGAGAAGGAGAUCCCCCACAUCAAGGUGGGUCCCGAGGAGACGCCCCACCUUCGGUACCUCCGCUUUGCGUCUGUCAGCCUGUACCCCAAUAACAAGGACACCAGCCUGGCCAUCUCCCGGAUCCCCAAGUUUUUCAACUACCCUUCAUCCAGCCUCAUCUGCGCUAAGGCCGAGCGCCUGCUGCGAUUGGAGGAACCGGUGCGUGGCUUCCUCAUCUCCAAGGAGACUCUGUCUGUGACGAUGCUGGACGACAGCUGGGACCCCACCCCGCUGCUCAAGGAGCUCCACAAUGACCAAAGUGUCCACCAUCCUCAUGGACACCAACGCAGCCGUCUCCCACCUCGUUCGCAGUCUCCCACCUCGUCCGCAGUACUGCCUCGGGGCUGGGAAUGA